CUCUCGGGUGCCUCGGGCGUCCCCUGAGGUCGCUGACCCCAACCCUCCUCCCCCACCCCCAGCCUGCGCCCCUAUCCUAUACCCGGACCUCAGCCGCGGCUCCUCGGACCUCGACACCAUGGGUGACGGAGGAGAGGGUGAGGAUGAGGUUCAGUUCCUGCGGACGGACGACGAGGUAGUUCUGCAGUGCAGCGCCACGGUGCUUAAGGAGCACCUGAAGCUCUGUCUGGCCGCUGAGGGUUUCGGAAACCGCCUCUGCUUCCUGGAGCCCACCAGCAAUGCCCAGAAUGUGCCCCCUGACCUGGCCAUCUGCUGCUUCAUCCUGGAGCAGUCCCUGUCUGUGCGAGCCCUGCAGGAGAUGCUGGCCAACACGGUGGAGGCCGGCGUGGAGUCGUCCCAGGGCGGGGGACACAGGACGCUCCUGUAUGGCCAUGCCAUCCUGCUCAGACACGCGCACAGCCGCAUGUAUCUGAGCUGCCUCACCACCUCCCGCUCCAUGACUGACAAGCUGGCCUUCGACGUGGGACUGCAGGAGGAUGCGACAGGGGAAGCCUGCUGGUGGACUAUCCAUCCUGCCUCUAAGCAGAGGUCUGAAGGAGAGAAAGUCCGUGUCGGGGACGACCUCAUCCUCGUCAGUGUUUCCUCUGAACGCUACCUGCACCUGUCAACGGCGAGCGGGGAGCUCCAGGCUGACGCCUCCUUCAUGCAGACCCUGUGGAAUAUGAACCCCAUCUGCUCCUGCUGUGAAGAAGGCUACGUGACCGGGGGCCACGUCCUCCGUCUCUUUCAUGGACACAUGGAUGAGUGUCUCACCAUUUCCUCUUCUGACAGUGAAGACCAGCGCAGAAUUGUUUUCUAUGAGGGGGGAGCUGUGUGCACCCAUGCCCGCUCCCUCUGGAGACUGGAGCCGCUGAGAAUCAGCUGGAGCGGGAGCCACCUGCGCUGGGGACAGCCACUACGCAUCCGGCAUGUCACCACAGGGCGGUACCUGGCGCUCACUGAGGACCAGGGCCUGGUGGUGGUGGACGCCAGCAAGGCCCACACCAAGGCCACUUCCUUCUGCUUCCGCAUCUCCAAGGAGAAGCUGGAUGUGGGCCCCAAGCGGGAUAUAGAGGGCAUGGGGCCCCCUGAGAUCAAGUAUGGGGAGUCACUGUGCUUUGUGCAGCAUGUGGCCUCGGGCCUGUGGCUCACCUACGCAGCGCCGGACCCCAAGGCUUUGAGGCUUGGUGUGCUCAAAAAGAAGGCCAUCCUGCACCAGGAAGGCCACAUGGACGAUGCACUGUCGCUGACUCGCUGUCAGCAAGAGGAGUCCCAGGCUGCACGUAUGAUCUACAGCACCGCUGGCCUGUACAACCAGUUCAUCAAGGGCCUGGACAGCUUCAGCGGGAAGCCGCGGGGCUCGGGGCCACCGGUGGGCACGGCGCUGCCCAUCGAGGGCGUCAUCCUGAGCCUGCAGGACCUCAUCGGCUACUUCGAGCCACCUUCUGAGGAGCUGCAGCACGAGGAGAAGCAAACCAAGCUGCGCAGCCUGCGCAACCGCCAGAGCCUCUUCCAGGAGGAGGGGAUGCUCUCUCUGGUCCUGAAUUGCAUCGACCGCCUAAAUGUCUACACCACUGCUGCCCACUUUGCUGAAUUUGCGGGAGAGGAGGCUGCCGAAUCUUGGAAAGAGAUUGUGAACCUGCUCUAUGAACUCCUUGCCUCUCUGAUCCGUGGUAACCGGACCAACUGUGCCCUCUUCUCCACCAACUUGGACUGGCUGGUCAGCAAGCUGGAUCGGCUAGAAGCCUCAUCUGGCAUCCUGGAGGUGCUGUACUGUGUCCUGAUCGAGAGUCCUGAGGUCCUGAACAUCAUCCAAGAGAACCACAUCAAGUCCAUCAUCUCCCUCCUGGACAAGCAUGGGAGAAACCACAAGGUCCUAGAUGUGCUGUGUUCCCUGUGUGUGUGUAAUGGUGUGGCCGUGCGCUCCAAUCAAGAUCUUAUUACUGAGAACUUGCUCCCAGGUCGUGAACUUCUGCUGCAGACAAACCUCAUCAACUAUGUCACCAGCAUCCGCCCCAACAUCUUUGUGGGCCGAGCAGAGGGCUCCACGCAGUACAGCAAAUGGUACUUUGAGGUGAUGGUGGAUGAGGUGACUCCAUUCCUGACAGCACAGGCCACCCACCUUCGGGUGGGCUGGGCCCUCACUGAAGGCUACAGCCCCUACCCAGGGGGUGGUGAGGGCUGGGGUGGCAACGGUGUUGGCGACGACCUCUACUCCUACGGCUUUGAUGGGCUGCAUCUCUGGACAGGACACGUGGCACGACUGGUGACUUCUCCAGGGCAGCAUCUCCUGGCCCCUGAGGACGUGGUCAGCUGCUGCCUGGACCUCAGUGUGCCGUCCAUCUCCUUCCGCAUCAAUGGCUGCCCAGUGCAGGGUGUCUUCGAGUCCUUCAACCUUGACGGGCUUUUCUUCCCGGUUGUCAGCUUCUCUGCUGGUGUCAAGGUGCGCUUCCUCCUUGGUGGCCGCCACGGUGAGUUCAAGUUCCUGCCGCCGCCUGGCUAUGCCCCAUGUCACGAGGCCGUGCUUCCAAGAGAGCGGCUCCACCUGGAACCCAUCAAGGAGUAUCGGCGGGAGGGACCCCGUGGGCCCCACCUGGUAGGCCCCAGCCGCUGCCUGUCGCACAUGGACUUUGUGCCCUGCCCCGUGGACACUGUCCAGAUCGUGCUACCUCCUCACCUGGAGCGCAUUCGGGAGAAGUUGGCGGAGAACAUCCAUGAGCUCUGGGCCCUGACUCGAAUCGAGCAGGGCUGGACCUAUGGCCCGGUUCGGGAUGACAACAAGAGGCUGCACCCAUGUCUGGUGGACUUCCACAGCCUCCCGGAGCCUGAGAGGAAUUACAACCUGCAGAUGUCAGGAGAGACGCUCAAGACUCUGCUGGCACUGGGCUGCCACGUGGGCAUGGCAGAUGAGAAGGCAGAGGACAACCUGAAGAAGACAAAGCUCCCCAAGACGUAUAUGAUGAGCAACGGGUACAAGCCAGCACCGCUGGACCUGAGCCAUGUGCGCCUGACACCUGCACAGACCACGCUGGUGGACCGGCUGGCAGAGAACGGGCAUAACGUGUGGGCGCGAGACCGAGUGGCCCAGGGUUGGAGCUAUAGUGCCGUGCAGGACAUCGUUGCUCGCCGCAACCCCCGCCUUGUGCCCUACCGCCUGCUAGACGAGGCCACCAAGCGCAGCAACCGGGAUAGCCUCUGCCAGGCUGUACGCACACUGCUGGGCUACGGCUACAACAUCGAACCCCCGGACCAGGAGUCCAGUCAGGUGGACAGCCAGUCUCGCUGGGACCGGGUGCGCAUCUUCCGGGCAGAGAAAUCCUAUGCGGUGCAGAGUGGCCGCUGGUACUUUGAGUUUGAGGCAGUCACCACGGGUGAGAUGCGAGUGGGCUGGGCGAGACUUGAGCUGCGGCCUGAUGUAGAGCUGGGAGCUGAUGAGCUGGCCUAUGUCUUCAAUGGACACCGAGGCCAGCGCUGGCACCUGGGAAGUGAACCAUUUGGGCGCCCCUGGCAGCCUGGUGAUGUUGUGGGCUGCAUGAUUGACCUCACAGAAAACAACAUUAUCUUCACCCUCAACGGAGAGAUUCUGAUGUCCGAUUCAGGCUCUGAAACAGCCUUCCGGGAUAUUGAGAUUGGGGAUGGUUUUCUGCCCGUAUGCAGCUUGGGACCCGGCCAGGUGGGUCACCUGAACCUGGGUCAGGAUGUGAGCUCCCUGCGCUUCUUUGCCAUCUGUGGCCUCCAGGAGGGCUUUGAGCCAUUCGCCAUCAAUAUGCAGCGGCCAGUCACCACCUGGUUCAGCAAAAGCCUUCCCCAGUUUGAGGCUGUGCCACUGGAGCACCCCCACUAUGAGGUGGCCCGUGUGGACGGCACAGUGGACACACCCCCCUGCCUGCGCCUGACCCACCGCACCUGGGGCUCCCAGAACAGUCUGGUAGAGAUGCUCUUUCUCCGGCUGAGCCUCCCCGUCCAGUUCCACCAACACUUCCGCUGCACUGCUGGGGCCACCCCCUUGGCCCCCUCUGGCCUGCAGCCCCCUUCUGAGGACGAGGCCCGGGCAGCAGAGCCGGAUUCUGACUAUGAAAACCUACGCCGCUCAGCUGGGGGCUGGGGUGAGGUUGAGGGGGGCAAAGAUGGAACCAUCAAGGAGGGGACCCCUGGGAGUACCACCCAGGCUGGAGGGGAAGCCCAGCCCACCAGGGUGGAGAAUGAGAAAGAUGCAACCACAGAGAAGAGCAAGAAGAGAGGGUUCUUAUUCAAGGCCAAGAAAGUCGCCAUGAUGACCCAGCCACCGGCCACCCCCACUCUGCCCCGGCUCCCUCGAGAGGUGGUUCCCAUGGACAACCGUGAUGACCCUGAGAUCAUCCUGAACACCACUACGUACUAUUACUCUGUGAGGAUCUUCGCCGGCCAGGAGCCCAGCUGCGUGUGGGCGGGCUGGGUCACCCCCGACUACCACCAGCACGACAUGAACUUUGACCUCAGCAAGGUCCGGGCCGUGACAGUGACCAUGGGGGAUGAACAAGGCAACGUCCACAGCAGCCUCAAGUGCAGCAACUGCUACAUGGUGUGGGGUGGGGAUUUCGUGAGCCCUGGGCAGCAGGGCCGGAUCAGCCACACCGACUUUGUCAUCGGCUGCCUGGUGGACUUGGCCACUGGCCUAAUGAACUUCACGGUCAAUGGCAAAGAGAGUAACACCUUCUACCAGGUGGAACCCAACACGAAGUUGUUUCCUGCUGUCUUUGUCCUGCCCACCAACCAGAAUGUCAUCCAGUUUGAGCUGGGGAAGCAGAAGAACAUCAUGCCGCUGUCGGCCGCCAUGUUCCUGAGUGAGCGCAAGAACUCAGCCCCGCAGUGCCCGCCGCGGCUGGAGAUGCAGAUGCUGAUGCCCGUCUCAUGGAGCCGCAUGCCCAACCACUUCCUGCAGGUGGACACGCACCGCGCUGGCGAGCGGCUGGGCUGGGCAGUACAGUGUCAGGAUCCGCUGACUAUGAUGGCGCUGCACAUCCCAGAGGAGAACCGGUGCAUGGAUAUCCUGGAGCUGUCAGAGCGCCUGGACCUGCAGCGCUUCCACUCACAUACCCUGUGCCUGUACCGUGCCGUGUGCGCGCUGGGCAACAACCGCGUGGCGCACGCCCUGUGCAGCCACGUGGACCAGGCCCAGCUGCUGCACGCGUUGGAGGACGCGCACCUGCCGGGCCCGCUGCGUGCCGGCUUCUACGACCUGCUUAUCAGCAUCCACUUAGAGAGCGCCUGCCGCAGCCGCCGGUCCAUGCUCUCGGAGUACAUCGUGCCGCUCACGCCCGAGACCUGCACCAUCACGCUCUUCCCACCCAGCAAGGGAGGGGAGGAGGACGACGGGCCCCGGCGCCACGGCCUGCCUGGCGUGGGCGUGACCACCUCUCUGCGGCCCCCGCACCACUUCUCACCGCCCUGCUUCGUGGCUGCCCUGCCCGCGGCCGGCGUGGCUGAGGCCCCUGCGCGCCUCAGCCCCAGCAUACCCCUGGAAGCCCUGCGGGACAAAGCCUUGCGGAUGCUGGGGGAGGCGGUGCGGGACGGUGGGCAGCAGGCUAGAGACCCCGUCGGGGGCUCCGUGGAGUUCCAGUUUGUGCCGGUGCUCAAGCUUGUGUCCACCCUGCUGGUGAUGGGCGUCUUUGGUGAUGAGGAUGUAAAACAAAUACUGAAGAUGAUUGAGCCUGAAGUCUUCAAGGAGCAAGAAGAGGAAGAGGAGGAAGGAGAGGAGGAAGAAGAGGAUGAGGAGGAGAAAGAGGAGGAUGAGGAAGAAGAAGCACAGGAGAAGGAAGAUGAGGAGAAGGAAGAAGAGGAGGAGGAAGAGGAGACAGCAGAAGGGGAGAAAGAAGAAGGCUUGGAGGAAGGGCUGCUCCAGAUGAAGUUGCCGGAGUCCGUGAAGUUGCAGAUGUGUCACCUGCUGGAGUAUUUCUGUGACCAAGAGUUGCAGCACCGAGUGGAGUCCCUGGCUGCCUUUGCUGAGCGCUAUGUGGACAAGCUCCAGGGCAACCAGCGGGGCCGCUACGGCCUCCUCAUGAAAGCCUUCACCAUGUCAGCCGCUGAGACUGCCCGCCGCACUCGCGAGUUUCGCUCCCCACCCCAGGAGCAGAUCAACAUGCUAUUGCAUUUCAAAGAUGGCACCAAUGAUGAAGAUUGUCCCCUCCCUGAAGAUCUUCGAGAGGAAUUGGCUAAAUUUCAUCAGGACCUGCUGGCACACUGUGGCAUCCAGCUGGAGGGAGAGGAGGAAGAGCCGGAGGAAGAGGCCACUCUGGGCAGCCGCCUGAAGAGCCUAUUGGAGAAAGUGCGGCUGCUGAAGAAGAAAGAGGAGAAACCCGAGGAGGAGCCACCUGCCGAGGAGAGCCAACCCAAGUCUCUGCAGGAGCUGGUGUCCCACACAGUGGUGCGCUGGGCCCAUGAGGACUUCGUGCAGAGUCCCGAGCUGGUCCGGGCCAUGUUUAGCCUCCUGCACCGUCAGUACGAUGGGCUCGGGGAGCUGCUUCGUGCCUUGCCCAGGGCCUACACCAUCUCCCCAUCCUCCAUGGAGGACACCAUGAGCCUGCUUGAGUGCCUCGGCCAGAUCCGCUCUCUGCUCAUCGUGCAGAUGGGCCCCCAGGAGGAGAACCUCAUGAUCCAGAGUAUCGGAAACAUCAUGAACAACAAAGUCUUCUACCAACACCCGAACCUGAUGCGGGCGCUCGGCAUGCAUGAGACAGUCAUGGAGGUCAUGGUGAAUGUCCUUGGGGGUGGUGAGUCUAAGGAGAUCCGCUUUCCCAAGAUGGUGACAAGCUGCUGCCGUUUCCUCUGCUACUUCUGCCGCAUCAGCCGGCAGAACCAGCGCUCUAUGUUCGACCACCUGAGCUACCUGCUGGAGAACAGUGGCAUCGGCCUGGGCAUGCAGGGCUCCACACCCCUGGAUGUGGCGGCAGCCUCUGUCAUCGACAACAAUGAGCUGGCCUUGGCUUUGCAGGAGCAGGACCUGGAGAAGGUGGUAUCCUACCUGGCGGGCUGUGGCCUCCAAAGCUGCCCCAUGCUCCUGGCCAAAGGGUACCCCGACAUAGGCUGGAACCCCUGUGGUGGGGAGCACUAUCUGGACUUCCUUCGCUUCGCUGUCUUCGUCAAUGGCGAGAGCGUGGAGGAGAACGCCAACGUGGUGGUGCGACUGCUCAUCCGCAAGCCCGAGUGUUUCGGGCCGGCGCUGCGCGGGGAGGGCGGCUCGGGGCUGUUGGCCGCUAUCGAGGAGGCCAUCCGCAUCUCUGAGGACCCGGCCCGAGACGGCCCCGGCGUGCGCAGGGACCGGCGGCGCGAGCACUUCGGGGAGGAGCCCCCGGAGGAAAACCGGGUGCACCUGGGACACGCCAUCAUGUCAUUCUAUGCCGCCCUCAUCGACCUGCUGGGCCGCUGUGCACCUGAGAUGCAUCUGAUUCAAGCUGGCAAAGGCGAAGCCCUCCGCAUCCGGGCCAUCCUGCGCUCCCUCGUGCCGCUGGACGACCUCGUGGGCAUUAUCAGCCUCCCGCUGCAGAUCCCCACCCUGGGCAAAGAUGGGGCUCUGGUCCAGCCAAAGAUGUCCGCAUCCUUUGUGCCGGACCACAAGGCAUCCAUGGUACUCUUCCUGGACCGGGUGUACGGCAUUGAGAACCAGGACUUCUUGCUGCACGUGCUGGACGUGGGGUUCCUGCCUGACAUGCGUGCGGCUGCCUCCCUGGACACAGCCACUUUCAGCACCACGGAGAUGGCGCUGGCUCUGAACCGCUACCUGUGCCUGGCAGUGCUGCCGCUCAUCACCAAGUGCGCGCCACUGUUUGCGGGCACGGAGCACCGCGCCAUCAUGGUGGACUCCAUGCUGCACACCGUGUACCGCCUGUCCCGAGGCCGCUCUCUCACCAAAGCGCAGCGCGAUGUCAUCGAGGACUGUCUUAUGGCGCUCUGCAGGUACAUCCGCCCGUCCAUGCUGCAGCACCUGCUGCGGCGCCUGGUGUUCGACGUGCCCAUCCUCAACGAGUUCGCUAAAAUGCCGCUCAAGCUCCUCACCAACCACUACGAGCGCUGCUGGAAGUACUACUGCCUGCCCACGGGCUGGGCCAACUUCGGUGUCACCUCAGAGGAGGAGCUGCACCUCUCCCGUAAACUUUUCUGGGGUAUCUUCGACUCACUGGCUCAUAAGAAAUAUGAUCCAGAGCUGUACCGCAUGGCCAUGCCCUGUCUCUGUGCCAUCGCAGGGGCCCUGCCCCCCGACUAUGUGGAUGCCUCGUACUCAUCCAAAGCGGAGAAAAAGGCCACGGUGGAUGCAGAAGGCAACUUUGACCCUCGGCCAGUGGAGACCCUCAACGUGAUCAUCCCAGAGAAGCUGGACACCUUCAUUAACAAGUUCUCAGAAUACACCCAUGAGAAGUGGGCCUUUGACAAGAUCCAGAGCAACUGGUCCUACGGGGAGAACAUAGAUGAGGAGCUGAAGACCCACCCCAUGCUGAGGCCCUACAAGACCUUUUCCGAGAAGGACAAAGAAAUCUACCGCUGGCCCAUCAAGGAGUCCUUGAAGGCCAUGAUUGCCUGGGAAUGGACCAUCGAGAAGGCCAGGGAGGGUGAGGAGGAGAAGACAGAGAAGAAGAAAACGCGGAAGAUCUCCCAAAAUGCCCAGACCUAUGACCCCCGAGAAGGCUACAACCCCCAGCCCCCUGACCUCAGCGGAGUUACCCUGUCUCGGGAGUUGCAGGCCAUGGCAGAGCAACUGGCAGAAAAUUACCACAACACAUGGGGGCGGAAGAAGAAGCAGGAGCUGGAGGCCAAGGGUGGAGGGACCCACCCCCUGCUGGUCCCCUACGACACACUCACGGCCAAGGAGAAGUCACGAGAUCGAGAGAAGGCCCAGGAGCUGCUCAAGUUCCUACAGAUGAACGGCUAUGCCGUCACGAGGGGCCUGAAGGACAUGGAGCUGGACACGUCUUCCAUUGAAAAACGCUUCGCCUUUGGCUUCCUGCAGCAGCUGCUGCGCUGGAUGGACAUUUCCCAGGAGUUUAUUGCCCAUCUGGAGGCUGUAGUCAGCAGUGGGCGAGUGGAAAAGUCCCCCCAUGAACAGGAGAUCAAAUUCUUUGCCAAGAUCCUGCUCCCAUUGAUCAGCCAGUACUUCACCAACCACUGCCUCUACUUCCUAUCCACCCCGGCCAAAGUGUUGGGCAGUGGCGGCCACGCCUCCAACAAGGAGAAGGAAAUGAUCACCAGCCUCUUCUGCAAACUUGCCGCUCUUGUCCGCCACCGAGUUUCCCUCUAUGGAACCGAUGCCCCAGCUGUAGUCAACUGUCUUCACAUCCUGGCACGCUCCCUGGAUGCCAGGACGGUAAUGAAGUCAGGUCCCGAGAUCGUGAAGGCUGGGCUCCGCUCCUUCUUUGAGAGCGCCUCCGAGGACAUCGAGAAGAUGGUGGAGAACCUGCGACUGGGCAAGGUGUCGCAGGCACGCACGCAGGUGAAGGGCGUGGGCCAGAACAUCACCUACACCACUGUGGCCCUGCUGCCCGUGCUCACCACGCUGUUCCAGCACAUCGCCCAGCACCAGUUCGGGGACGACGUCAUCCUGGAUGACGUGCAGGUCUCUUGCUACCGAACGCUGUGCAGUAUCUACUCUCUGGGAACCACAAAGAACCCUUAUGUGGAGAAGCUGCGGCCAGCCCUCGGUGAAUGCCUGGCCUGCCUGGCAGCGGCCAUGCCAGUGGCAUUCCUGGAGCCUGAGCUGAAUGAGUACAAUGCCUGCUCAGUGUACACCACCAAGUCCCCCCGGGAGCGGGCCAUCCUGGGGCUCCCCAGCAGUGUAGAGGAGAUGUGUCCUGACAUCCCCGUGCUGGAGCGGCUCAUGGCGGACAUCGGGGGCCUGGCCGAGUCGGGUGCCCGCUACAUGGAGAUGCCACACGUCAUUGAGAUCACGCUGCCCAUGCUGUGCAGCUACUUGCCCCGCUGGUGGGAGCGUGGACCCGAGAUGCCUCCGCCUGGGGCUCCCCCGCCCUGCACAGCCGUCACCUCCAGCCACCUCAACUCCCUGCUGGGGAACAUCCUGCGCAUCAUCGUCAACAACCUGGGCAUCGACGAGGCCUCGUGGAUGAAGCGGCUGGCUGUCUUCGCCCAGCCCAUCGUGAGCCGCGCCCGGCCCGAGCUCCUGCACACACACUUCAUCCCCACCAUCGGGCGGCUCCGCAAGCGGGCGGGGAAGGUGGUGGCCGAGGAGGAGCAGCUGCGCCUGGAAGCCAAGGCAGAGGCUGAGGAGGGCGAGCUCCUGGUGCGGGACGAGUUCUCUGUGCUCUGCCGGGACCUGUACGCCCUCUACCCCCUGCUCAUCCGCUACGUGGACAACAACAGGGCACAUUGGCUGACGGAGCCCAACUCCAAUGCAGAGGAGCUUUUCAGGAUGGUGGGUGAGAUCUUCAUCUACUGGUCCAAGUCCCACAACUUCAAGCGAGAGGAGCAGAACUUUGUGGUCCAGAAUGAGAUAAACAACAUGUCCUUUCUGACUGCUGACAACAAGAGCAAGAUGGCCAAGGCGGGAGAUGUGCAGUCGGGUGGCUCUGACCAGGAACGAACCAAGAAGAAGCGCCGGGGGGACCGGUACUCCGUGCAGACCUCACUGAUUGUGGCCACACUCAAGAAGAUGCUGCCCAUUGGCCUGAACAUGUGUGCACCCACUGACCAGGACCUCAUCACUAUGGCCAAGAUCCGCUACGCCCUGAAAGACACAGACGAGGAGGUCCGGGAAUUUCUGCAAAACAACCUCCACUGCCAGGGAAAGGUCGAAGGCUCUCCGUCUUUGCGCUGGCAGAUGGCCCUGUACCGGGGUCUCCCCGGCCGCGAGGAUGAUGCUGACAACCCAGAGAAAAUAGUGCGCAGAGUCCAAGAAGUGUCUGCAGUGCUUUAUCACCUGGAGCAGACUGAGCACCCCUACAAGUCCAAGAAGGCCGUGUGGCACAAGCUCCUGUCUAAGCAGCGCCGGAGGGCAGUGGUAGCCUGUUUCCGCAUGACCCCCCUGUACAACCUGCCCACGCACCGGGCAUGCAACAUGUUCCUUGAGAGCUACAAGGCCUUGUGGAUCCUGACUGAAGACCACAGCUUUGAGAACCGCAUGAUUGAUGACCUUUCAAAAGCUGGGAAGAAGAAGGAGGAGGAGGAAGAGGUGGAGGAGAAGAAGCCAGACCCCCUGCACCAGCUGGUCCUGCACUUCAGCCGCACUGCACUGACUGAAAAGAGCAAACUGGUUGAGGAUUACCUGUACAUGGCUUAUGCCGAUAUCAUGGCAAAGAGCUGCCAUCUGGAGGAGGGCGGGGAGAAUGGGGAAGGUGAAGAAGAGGAGGCUGAGGUUUCCUUUGAGGAGAAGGAGAUGGAGAAGCAGAGACUUCUGUACCAGCAGGCACGGCUGCACAACCGGGGGGCUGCAGAGAUGGUGCUCCAGAUGAUCAGUGCCUGCAAAGGAGAGACAGGUGCCAUGGUGUCCUCUACCCUGAAGCUGGGCAUCUCCAUCCUAAACGGAGGCAAUGCCGAUGUGCAGCAGAAAAUGCUGGAUUAUCUGAAGGACAAGAAGGAAGUGGGCUUCUUCCAGAGCAUCCAGGCGCUGAUGCAGACAUGCAGACUCUCAUUUCCUACUUUCUUUUCUGUUUAUUUCUGUCUCCUUAUGCCUCUCUCUCUCUCCCUCUCUCCUUCUCUCUCUUUCCGUGUGUGUUGUCUCUCUCUCUGUCUCUGUCCUUGUCUAUGUCACUGUGUUUUCCUGUGUGUCUCCCUGUCUCCUUUUGUCUCUCUUUUUCCCUCUCCUCACCUGCUUCCUCCUCCCAUCCUGUUGGCUGCCUCAGUCAUCAACCGCCAGAACGGGGAGAAGGUCAUGGCGGAUGAUGAGUUCACCCAAGACUUAUUCCGAUUCCUGCAGCUGCUCUGUGAAGGGCACAACAAUGACUUCCAGAACUACCUAAGGACACAAACAGGGAACACGAACACUAUCAAUAUCAUCAUCUGCACGGUGGACUACCUCCUGCGGCUGCAGGAGUCCAUCAGCGACUUUUACUGGUACUACUCUGGCAAGGACGUCAUUGAAGAGCAGGGAAAGAGGAACUUCUCCAAGGCCAUGUCUGUGGCCAAGCAGGUGUUCAACAGCCUCACCGAGUACAUCCAGGGCCCUUGCACCGGGAACCAGCAGAGUCUAGCCCACAGCCGCCUCUGGGACGCCGUGGUGGGAUUCCUGCACGUGUUCGCCCAUAUGAUGAUGAAGCUCGCUCAGGACUCGAGCCAGAUUGAGCUGUUGAAGGAGCUGUUGGAUCUACAGAAGGACAUGGUGGUGAUGCUGUUGUCACUAUUAGAAGGGAACGUGGUGAAUGGCAUGAUUGCCCGGCAGAUGGUGGACAUGCUUGUGGAGUCCUCGUCCAAUGUGGAGAUGAUUCUCAAGUUCUUUGACAUGUUCCUGAAGCUCAAGGACAUCGUGGGCUCCGAGGCCUUCCAGGACUACGUCACUGAUCCCCGUGGCCUCAUCUCCAAGAAGGACUUCCAGAAGGCCAUGGACAGCCAGAAGCAGUUUAGCGGCCCUGAAAUCCAGUUCCUGCUCUCCUGCUCGGAGGCAGAUGAGAACGAGAUGAUUAACUGCGAGGAGUUCGCCAACCGUUUCCAGGAGCCGGCCCGCGAGAUCGGCUUCAAUGUGGCGGUGCUGCUGACCAACCUGUCAGAGCACGUGCCGCACGACCCCCGCCUGCGCACCUUCCUGGAGCUGGCCGAGAGCAUCCUCGAGUACUUCCGGCCCUACCUGGGCCGCAUCGAGAUCAUGGGCUCCUCGCGCCGCAUCGAGCGCAUCUACUUCGAGAUCUCGGAGACCAACCGCGCCCAGUGGGAGAUGCCCCAGGUGAAGGAGUCCAAGCGGCAGUUCAUCUUCGACGUGGUGAACGAGGGCGGCGAGUCGGAGAAGAUGGAGCUGUUCGUCAGCUUCUGCGAGGACACCAUCUUCGAGAUGCAGAUCGCCGCGCAGAUCUCGGAGCCCGAGGGCGAGCCGGAGGAGGACGACGACGAGGGCGGCGAGGCGGGCGCGGAGGGCGCGGACGAGGGCGCCGAGGAGGGCGCGGCGGGCGCGGCGGCGGCGGGGGGCGUGUCGGCGCGCCUGCGCACUGCGGCGGGCUGGGCGCUGCGCGGGCUCAGCUACCGCGCGCUGAGGCGGCGCGUGCGGCGGCUGAGGAAACUCACGGCGCGGGAGGCGGCGGCGGCGCUGGCCGCGCUGCUCUGGGCGGCGCUGGCGGCGGCGGGCGCGGCGGGCGCGGGGGCGGUGGCGGGCGCGCUGCGCCUGCUCUGGGGCUCGCUGUUCGGCGGCGGGCUGGUGGAGGGCGCCAAGAAGGUGACGGUGACCGAGCUGCUGGCGGGCAUGCCCGACCCCACGGGCGACGAGGUGCACGGCGAGCAGCCGGCGGGGCCGGGCGGCGACGCGGACGGCGAGGGCGCGGCCGAGGGCGCGGGGGGCUCUGCCCAGGACCCCGGCGACGAGGAGGCGGCAGCGCACGAAGCGGGACCCGGGGGCGCCGACCGGGCCGUGGCCGUGGUGGACGGGGCCCCCUUCCGGCCUGAAGGGCCCGGCGGCCUCGGGGACAUGGGGGACACCACGCCAGUGGAGCCCCCCACGCCCGAGGGGUCCCCCAUCAUCAAGAGGAAGCUGGGGGUGGAUGGAGAACAAGAGGAGCUGCCUCCCGAGCCUGAGCCCGAACCUGAGCCAGAGCCAGAGCCCGAGAAAACUGAUGCUGAAAAUGGGGAGAAAGAAGCCCCUGAGCCCCCUCCAGAGCCCCCCAAGAAGACAGCAGCUCCUUCCCCGCCUCCAAAGAAAGAAGGCGGCAGUGCAGGCCUGGAGUUCUGGAACGAGCUGGAAGUGCAGAGGGUGAAGUUCUUGAACUAUCUGUCCCGGAAUUUUUACACCCUGCGGUUCCUGGCCCUCUUCUUGGCUUUCGCCAUCAACUUCAUCUUGCUGUUCUAUAAGGUCUCAGACUCUCCACCAGGGGAGGAUGACACGGAGGGCUCAGCUGCUGGGGACCUGUCGGGUGCAGGGUCAGGCAGUGGUUCUGGCUGGGGCUCAGGGGCCGGAGAGGAGGCAGAGGGUGACGAGGAUGAGAACAUGGUGUACUACUUCCUGGAGGAGAGCACGGGCUACAUGGAGCCUGCCCUGCGCUGCCUGAGCCUGCUGCAUACCCUGGUGGCCUUUCUCUGCAUCAUUGGCUACAACUGCCUCAAGGUUCCUCUGGUGAUCUUUAAGCGGGAGAAGGAGCUGGCCCGGAAGCUGGAAUUUGAUGGCCUCUAUAUCACGGAGCAACCGGAGGAUGAUGAUGUGAAGGGCCAGUGGGACCGGCUGGUGCUCAACACGCCGUCUUUCCCCAGCAACUACUGGGACAAGUUUGUCAAGCGGAAGGUCCUGGACAAACAUGGUGACAUCUUUGGACGGGAGCGCAUUGCUGAGCUGCUGGGCAUGGACCUGUCCUCACUGGAGAUUACCGCACACAAUGAGCGCAAGCCCGCGCCCCCACCGGGACUGCUGACCUGGCUCAUGUCCAUCGACAUCAAGUACCAGAUAUGGAAGUUUGGGGUCAUCUUCACAGACAACUCUUUCCUGUACCUGAGCUGGUACAUGGUGAUGUCCCUCCUGGGCCACUACAACAACUUCUUCUUUGCUGCCCACCUUCUGGACAUCGCCAUGGGGGUCAAGACGCUGCGCACCAUCCUUUCCUCUGUCACCCACAAUGGGAAACAGUUGCUGAUGACUGUGGGCCUCCUGGCCGUGGUAGUCUACCUGUACACCGUGGUGGCCUUCAACUUCUUCCGCAAGUUCUACAACAAGAGCGAGGAUGAGGACGAGCCUGACAUGAAGUGCGACGACAUGAUGACGUGUUACCUCUUUCACAUGUACGUGGGUGUCAGAGCUGGUGGGGGCAUCGGGGAUGAGAUUGAGGACCCAGCAGGCGAUGAAUACGAGCUGUACCGGGUUGUUUUUGACAUCACCUUCUUCUUCUUUGUCAUUGUCAUCCUGCUGGCCAUCAUCCAGGGUCUGAUCAUCGAUGCUUUUGGAGAGCUCCGAGACCAGCAAGAGCAAGUGAAAGAAGACAUGGAGACCAAGUGCUUCAUCUGCGGCAUCGGCAGCGAUUAUUUCGACACGACUCCGCAUGGGUUCGAUACCCAUACUCUGGAGGAGCACAACCUGGCCAAUUACAUGUUUUUCCUGAUGUAUCUGAUCAACAAGGACGAGACAGAACACACCGGCCAGGAGUCUUAUGUCUGGAAGAUGUACCAGGAGAGAUGUUGGGAUUUCUUCCCAGCUGGAGAUUGUUUCCGCAAGCAAUAUGAGGACCAGCUGAGCUGAGGGGACCUCACCCCCAAGCUGGCCUUCCACCCCCACCUCAAGUGCCUUAUUCUCACAGCAAGUCCCUUGGCCCCCAAAUCCCUCCCUGGCAGGUAGCUGGGGGAGAGGUGACCCCAUACUGGAGAAAUAAAAGUCUGCACACUA